AUGUCCAACGUAGCCCGCAUUCUUCACGACGCCCAGGUCCGGGUUCUUGGCUACGGCCUCGUAAAGCGCGUCCGACCCGGCCAGACCCCAUCCCUGACGCCUCUUACGCUACUAGUCACCUCGGACAUUUCUGUGGAUGGACAAUACUCGGCCUGGAAGGUCGCGGUGAGUGAUCUCAGAUUACUCUUCGACAAGGCCAAUCGCGAGGACAUGACGGUUGAAAUUACAGACACCAGAACAGCAGACGGAGCACCCUCAGUGCCGCUCACAGAUUGCGCGCCAGAGCUUUUCGCAGCAUGGGAGUGCUAUCGGUCAGCUCUCCUUGAAGAUAUCCAGGAACAACAGUGGCUCACCGCCGACAUCGUCCUCCGUGAAAUCGGAGAAUUGCAUACCAUACGCGCCCCUACUCUCCUCAUCACCGCAAAAGAUGCCGACUCGGCCAUAUGGUGGGACAAAAUCCUACCUCAUAUACGUCAACAACUCCCCCAGACAAUGGAGGUCGACCUCCUUUACGCACCACACCUGGCCAUGCAGACAUCUGGAGACGAGGAAGAAGCAAAGGAACCGUAUGUACGCCCUGCCAUAUAUUCUACAAUGCAGGACUACGACGCCAUCGUAAAGAUGGGAGCGAGUAUCGGCGUAGAGCAGCCGGACAACAGCGGAACAGUCGGCGCUGUCCUAGUACUCAAGGAUGCGGCGGGAAAUGAGACGAAUUGCGACUUGACCAACCACCACGUCGUCGCAACACACGAUCCAACGAGUGUCAUCAACCGCGGUAUGUCUGUCGGGGAGUACCUAAGUGUCAACCAUGAGAUCUCGCAAUUAGGUCUAGUCAAGAUCAAAGCCCCAUCCAACCCAGAUCACACGAGGUUCCUCAAAUGGAAAGCAAUGGAUAAAUACGACCAUGACCGAUAUCUCGCAAGUUUCACGAGUCCGUACCUCCCUGGAUACGCUCGGGCGCAAAGCAGGGCUGCGGCGACCAACAGAGACUGCCAACUCCUAGACACCGACCCGAAUCGUCUUCUAGGCACGGUGAUCGCAUCGUCGGGCUAUCGUGCGCGUAAGAACGACGACUACUCCCCUGCUGAAGCACAAAGACUCUCCACCGUGGUUAACGUACCGGACAACGCCUUCAAGAGGAAGGACGGUUCACACCCCCCGACCUUGGCCGACAAGAUUGCUGGUCGCGCCCUGAACUUCGCGCUCGACUGGGCACUGAUCAAGGUCGCCACAGGGCGGACAAUGAGCGACCGUGUUCCCAUUGGUGGCGCAGGCAUCAAAGUGCCCCAAGGAAAAGGCUGA